ACAGUGAUCAAUAUCACUCCUGUAUGAGACCAUGCAGUGUGAAGUGGACACCUCCAGUCCUCUGUACAAACAGUACAGGCUGACCAAGAUCACUGAGAAGUACCCAGAGCUGCAGCAUGUUCCCAGGGAGCUGUUUGCCGUUGACCCUGCCCAUUCCAGCUCCUCUGAAGUGUCCUAUCGCUGCAGGAAGUGCAGACGAACUCUGUUCCGUGACUCCAGUAUUCUCAGUCACCCAGUAGGAGAAGGAGCUCUGGCCUUUAGUCACAAGAAGUCCCGUAACCUCACUGGAGACGUCCAGUGUACAUCUUACUUCAUUGAGCCAGUGCAGUGGAUGGAACAAUCUUUACUUGGAGUGAUGGAUGGGCAGCUGCUGUGUCCUAAGUGUAGCUCGAAGCUGGGCUCAUUCAACUGGUGUGGUGAUCAGUGUUCGUGUGGUCGCUGGGUCACUCCCGCCUUCCAGCUGCAUCGCAACAGAGUGGACGAGAUCCGACAACUGAACAUCCAGAAAUAACACACACACACACACACACACACACACACACACACACACACACACACACACACACACACACACACACACACACACACACAGAAACACUUGGACAUCAGGUGGCCAUUGAAAUGUUUAAAGGACUAAUGCAAACAAAAAUUAAAUGUUUUACUGAAAUUGGUGCUGAAACAAUCAUAAAAUUAAUCAAAUAUUUUCAUAAUUGAAGUCCUUAAAGUUGUUUCUAAUUGAUGUUUAAUGUUAAAUAUGUAUGAAUUGUCCAUAGUGAUGAACAAACAGAAUUAUCACCUGAAUCUGCAGCUCCUCUAAUGUUUACUGAGAUUUAAAGCGAGUUUUAGCUCUUUGUUUCUCAGUUUCUCAGUUUCUCAGUGAAUCAUUUCCAUCUCAAGGUGUACAACACUGCUCAGCAAUCAGCACACAGCUAACAGACACAGUCAGAGACCAUUUGGUGAAUGUAGUGGAGUUGGUGGAGACCAAAAACAGAGCUGAAAAGAGAGACGAUGUUGGACUUCAUUAGAUGACACAACUCCAAAUUAGUGAUGUUGCUCAAUAACGACUGUAUUUAUGUGCUGCCCCCGUGUGGC